AUGUCCAACCAACGUUUUUGGAAUAGUCCAACACAACAACCAGCAACAAAUAUGAGUCCAACAACAGCCAGUCAUUUUCAUCGAAUAAAGAGGCAAAUGAGAUUAUUUGUAGAACAACAAGCAAGUAUUGAACCAAUUGAUCAUGCAAAAGGAUCUAUUCAUAGUAGUCGGGAAAAUCUGAACUUACCCCUUCCUAACCGACACCAUCGUCAUAACAAGCAACAACCACAAUCAAAAUCCCUUCAACAUUUGGCACUUGCGACACCAUCAAUGGCCAGAAAAAGAAAGAAAAAUCUGGUUUCAAAAAUGGUUGAACAAUUGAAAUAUAUCGUGGAAAGUUUAAAAAAGGCACCAUUCAAGAAGGAUUAUACUAUCAUUACAUUUGACAAUUUAACAAAUAAUCAAUUAUUACAAGUUCUCACCGACGUAUUUGCAGCCAUUGAUCCUUAUGAUCAAAGUCAUAAAAUUGAUAUACGUGAUGAGGACGCUGAAAAAACUGCCGUUCGUAUAAUGACUACAUUGAAAAUGUUGGGUUACAGACCUAAAAUAGAUACAGACGUGAGUACAUUUCGUCAGAACUUAGUCAGUGGUGAAAAAAGUGUUGUUUAUCCAGCAUUAUACUGGUUACUAGAAAAAAUGCCCGAACACAAAGAACGUGCUUAUUUAGGACGUUAUUUAUCGAAAAUCGAUAUACCUGCUGAGUUUCUGAAUGAUCCAGAAAUUGCAGAACAAUAUGAAAAAUACGACGAAUUAAUGGAAAUAUUUAAAGACGUUCACAGAUCCUACAAAGAGUUAAUAUCAACCCCGCAUACAAUUGAUGAUCUUCGACGAGAUAUUAAACAAUUAGAAGAUGAAAAAGGAGCGUUACUCAAGCGUUUAGAUCGACAAAAAAAUCGCGUUCAAAAAGUUCCCGCAUCACAAAUAGAAUUAGCUAAAAAUUAUCGUAAAGAAGUUGAAAAAGAAGAAAAAUUAAGUAAAAUGAAACAAGAUUUGAACACUGUUAUACAUCAACUUAAUCAGAAAAUAACAAGAGUUGAGAGACAAAUAAUGGAACAACGAUCAUCAAGUGUUGAUCAAUCUCCAGACGCAAUAAUGAAACGUAUGGAAGAAGAAAAUCAGGUGAAUUCUUACUUAGUCACAGAUAAAUUUCCUAAACAAUUACGUCAAUUGAAAACAAAAAUGAGUUAUUAUGCAGAAGUAACAAAUAAUAAAGCAUUAGGACAAACAGAAUUGAGUAAUUAUCGUUCAAAAGUUCUUGAAUUAACUGCAAUUAUCAGUAAAUUACAUGAAAAACGAAAUUUUGCUAAAGAUCCUACUGCUGAUAAUUUGGCAGUAUUUCGGCAACAAGCAUUAAUUAUUGCUCGAAAAAAAGAUCAAGCAGCUGAACGUUUGACACAUUUGCGAGCAGAAAAUGAAACACUUGAAAAUGGAUUAAAUCAAAAAGGUCGUCAUCCUGAUGUUGCCGGAGGACGGUCAAACAAUGAUGUACCACAAGGAGAAGAAUUUCAGCGGUAUGUCAAUAUGCUCCGUAGUAAAAGUAAUACAUACAAGAAAAAACGACAAGAGAUAUCAGAAAUGACAGCUGAAUUAUCACUAUUAAAACGAACAGAAGAAAUUUUAAAAGAACAAGUUGAAAAAAUGAAAAGUUCAAUGACAAUCGAAGAACGUAAAAAAGGUGUUGAAGGUUAUUUUUCUGCUUAUGAACGUCUUGAAGAAGUGUCAACAAUGAAAGCUGAACAAGAUGAAUUAAAAGGCAAAAGUUUAGAUGAAAUAACACAAUUAAUAAAAACGUUGAAUAGUAAAAUGGCUAGUAAAAAAGCAGAAUUAGAUCCAAUUUUGAAAGAGAUUAAACCAUUACGAGAAAAAGUAAAAGAGAUAAACAGUGAAUAUGAAGCGAAAAAAAUGAAAUAUGAUACAUUGAAUGCCAAUUUUGAAAGUAAUCGUGCAACAUUAGAAGGAGAAGUUCGUAGUCUUUAUGAAGAGCAAUAUGCACAAGAAUCUCGUUUUCAUACGUUAAAAUCAACUAUGUUAUUGUGUCAUGUACAAUUGAAACGUGCAAAUGAUGAAAUGAAAUCAUAUGUAUCAAAGGAUAAAAUUGAUAAAUCAUACAGAGAAGUGUUAAGUAAACAAAUUGCUGAACAAGAACAACGAUUAAAAGCCUCUCGUGAAAAACAAAAAAGUACAAAAGAUGUUCAGAUUGAUGGUACAAAACAAAUAAAAUAUUGGCGUGAUAUACUGAGAAUGAUGGAAAUGAAACGAAAAUUAGCAACUGGCGAAAUGUAA